CGGAUCUCGCGGAGGGGAGGGCCGGGGGGUGCGGCCCCGCGGGGCGCGCUCGGCCCCUGAAGUGCGGGCCUCUCUAAACGCGCUCGCUCCGCCGGCGGUCGUUGCGUAGAGGCUUGCAGGGUCGGGAUGUUGGGGGUGCGCGCGCUCCAGGAGCAGAGGCGCCCGGAGCAGAGCGCGGCGGGCCAGUCUCCCGCGCGCUUUGUGUUGGGGCUGGACGUGGGCAGCUCGGUGAUCCGCUGCCACGUCUAUGACCACGCGACGCUGAUUCGCGGCUCCAGCGUGCAGAAGAUAGAAAAUCUUUAUCCUCAAGCUGGCUGGGUUGAAAUUGAUCCCGAUGUUCUCUGGCUUCAGUUUGUAACUGUAAUAAAGGAAUCUGUUAAAGCUGCAGGAAUAGAGAUGAAUCAAAUUGUUGGUCUUGGCAUUUCAACACAGAGAGCAACUUUUAUUACGUGGAACAAGAAAACGGGAAAUCAUUUUCACAACUUCAUUAGUUGGCAAGACCUAAGAGCUGUUGAACUUAUAAAGUCUUGGAAUAAUUCCCUCAUAAUGAAGCUAUUCCAGAGUUCCUGCCGAGUGCUGCACUUUUUCACUAGAAGUAAACGAUUUUUAGCCGUCAGUUUGUUCAGUUUCACAAACCAGCAUGUUUCUUUGAGACUGGCCUGGAUUUUACAGAACCUGGUUGAGGUGCAAAAGGCAAUUGAAGAAGAUAAUUGCUGCUUUGGGACUAUUGAUACAUGGUUAUUACAUAAGCUCACAAAAGGUUCUGUAUUUGCCACGGAUUUUUCAAAUGCCAGUGCAACUGGACUAUUUGACCCUUUUAAGAUGUGUUGGAACCGGCUCCUUACUUCCAUGCUUUCGAUACCACUGUUUAUCCUGCCUCCUGUGAGGGAUACGAGCCAUAAUUUUGGAUCCGUGGAUGAAGAGUUAUUUGGUGUCCCUAUACCAAUAGCGGCCUUGGUCGCUGAUCAGCAAUCAGCCAUGUUUGGAGAGUGCUGCUUCCACGUAGGAGACGUGAAACUAACCAUGGGAACUGGGACAUUUUUGGAUAUUAAUACUGGAAAUAGCCUUCAGCAUACUAUUGGAGGCUUUUAUCCACUAAUUGGGUGGAAGAUUGGCCAAGAAGUUGUAUGCUUAGCUGAAAGCAAUGCAGGAGACACUGGUACUAUCAUCAAAUGGGCUCAAGAAUUAGAUCUUUUCACAGAUGCUGCUGAGACUGAAAAAAUGGCCAAAAGUUUAGAAGAUUCUGAAGGAGUCUGUUUUGUUCCAUCUUUUAGUGGAUUGCAGGCUCCAUUAAAUGACCCCUGUGCAUGUGCCUCUUUUAUGGGUUUGAAGGCUUCCACCAAUAAAUACCAUCUUGUACGAGCAAUAUUGGAGUCAAUAGCUUUCAGAAACAAACAGUUAUAUGAGUUGAUGCAGAAAGAGAUCCAUAUCCCUGUGACAAAAGUCCGGGCAGAUGGAGGAGUUUGUAAGAACAAUUUUGUUAUGCAGAUGACUUCAGACCUGAUUAAUGUGAAUAUAGAGAGACCCAUCAACUUAGACAUGUCCUGCCUUGGUGCAGCUUUUCUAGCUGGCCUUGCUGUUGGGUUUUGGACUGACAAGGAGGAACUAAAGAAACUGAGGCAAAGUGAAGUGGUUUUCAAGCCACAAAAGAAAUGGCAAGAAUAUGAAAUGAGUAUGGAAAACUGGGUCAAAGCAGUGAAACGCUCCAUGAAUUGGUAUAACAAGAUGUAGCACUAACUGGAACGACUGAAACCAUAUACGGCUGGUUGAUAUGACACGCAGAUGAGACACAGCUCAGGGAUAAUAACCAAUACGACAAUGACUGAGAAGAUUUCAGAUGAGCUUUGCAACCUGAGAGAAAAAACAUUGCUUUUUUGAAUACAAAACAAAACAAAAAAUCCCUCAUUUUAAAAUAUAGACCUUGGUAAGAUUGUAAGGCAACAGUACCUCAAAACUUUAUACCUUCUGUUUUUUAGGAAAUUCCAAAGGACGUUAGCCAUUUCCAGCCAUAUUUUGACAGCUGUGGGUCCUCCUCCUUUUUAUACUGGGUCAGCGAUACAUACGGACAUAAUUGUUUACUAUCUGAGUUAAUAGUUCUGGGUCAAGCAUCAUUCAUGUUUUGUUCCAAAAUUAACAAGUGUUCCUUUAAUUCUUUAAAAUUAAAUGGGCUAUCUGAAGUUCGCAUAGCUAGAAAGACAGACUCACUGAGGAAAUGUGGAAUUUUGCAACAUUAAUAUUUUAUAUUUAAAGCCGUAAUUGUUCAAUACUAUAUCCAAAUAUGAGCUUGAUAUAGGCUCACAUAAGCUUAUUGUUAGUCAAUUCUUUCCUUUAUUGGGCUUAAAGACACUGCCUUAAUUUUUCCUUGUUUCACCAAAAUCUGAGCAUUCUUUUUGUAUUGAAAAAAUAACUUUAGUGGAUGAAACUACAAAGGGUAAUGAUUCAUAAGGAAAAAGAAAAUAUUUUCUUUCUCAAAUAUUUGAAAGAAAAGGAUUUCUUUCAAAAACUUCUGGCUAAAGUGUUAACAUCCCAUUUUUUACAAAAUGCAGGUAGUGGAUAUAAAUCUUGCUUUGCUCUUCCUGUUCUUUAUCUUUGUUGUUGGGGUGCUUGCAUAAAUGUCUUUUGCUUUUCUUAAGUGCCUAAUUGACAGAGUUUAAUUUGAAGGAAGUGCCCUAAUUCAUUGGUGACAUAAGAAUUGUCUUCAUUGGGGUAUUUUACUUAUCCAGGUAUCUUUUUUGGGGGGGGUUUCCUUUUUUUAAAUUUUAAGUUCAAUUAAUUAACAAUAUAGUGUAUUAUUAGUUUUAGAGGUAGAGUUCAGUGAUUCAUCCAUUGCAUAUAACACCCAGUGCUCAUUACAUCAUGUGCCUUCCUUCAUGCCCACCACCCAGUCACCCCAUCCCCCCCCCACCUCCCCUCCAGCAAGCCUCAGUUUCUUUCCUAUGCUUAAGAAGUCUCUUACGGUUUGUCUGCCUCUCUGGUUUCAUCUUGUUUUAUUCUUCCCAGGUUUUUUGUUUUUUUUUUUUUUACUAACCAGAAUCAUGCUGUAUGUAUUGUUCUUUUUUUUUUUUUUUUUAAAGAUUUUAUUUAUUUAUUUGACAGAGAGAGACACAGCGAGAGAGGGAACACAAGCAGGGGGAGUGGGAGAGGGAGACACAGGCUUCCCGCUGAGCAGGGAGCCUGAUGUGGGGCUCGAUCACAGGACCCUGGGAUCAUGACCUGAGCCGAAGGCAGACGCUUAACUUAACGACUGAGCCACCCAGGCGGCCCUGUAUGUAUUGUUCUUUGAUGUGCUUUUUGGAGAUGUUCUCAGCCUAGCACACUCCUUUUAUCCAUUCUAUAUUCCACAGAAAUAGAUGUUUGGGUUGCUUCAUUCUGCUGUUAUAAUUAUUCCCACAGCACAGGGGCUGAAAUUUGAGGGGAAGAGUGUCAGUUUGAGCCCUUGGCAAUCUGAGGUGAAGGCAUGUUGACUUAAGCAAAACCAGCCACAUCCCUGUCACACAUGAUGCCAUCGGCCUGUGGGUCCCAAAUUCACAGUCCAGCCGCCCUCCUGCCCGAGUCAGCAUGCAUGGUCUGCCAUCUGCUAAAUGCCAAGUCAACAUAUCCAGGUAUCUUUUACUUCCGUUCAAUCUACUCAUCUCUGUGAGAUAGGAGCAGUGGGUAGCUGACAGAGGUAAUGGAAGUGUAUUCAUGCACAUGAUUGCCCUAUAGUUACUAGGCCAGAGCUCCACAGAGAGGAGCAGGGACAGUUCCACAUUCUCAGACUUUCUUGAUAGAAACAAAUGUAAAAGAAUCAAGAGUUGUGAGUAGCUUCAGGCCCCGUGUAAAACUAUCCUAUGGCAGUAGACUACCCUCCAGCUUGUUCUUAUGUUUUUUGCCCCUCCCUCCACUUGGGCUAGGUUCCAUUUCAAUUUGUAGCAAUAAUGAAUUUAUUUCCCUCUUAGUCGGGCUUUAUUAUAUAAAGACCUACUGUUACAGAGCUAGUUGUUAAAUGCUAAUGAACUUAAAAAGUGACUGUUACAGGGAAUUUUGUUGUUGCUAUCAUAUAUGUCCAUUUCAGUGACAGAUAUGAUAGAAUUAGGGGUCACACUGCAUUUCUACAAAUUCCAUUUCGGUGAACUUUGUCUUCUUGAAGUAUUAAAAUUUUUGAUGGAAUCAUAAUAGCCAAUAUAUAGUAUCAUUAACUCCAUUAAUUAAGAUUUGGAAAUAUUUUUGUGAAGUGGAGGUAUUUUGUUUACUGUAAAAAGUCAGAUUCCAUUAUGUAGAUAAUAUUCUUUUUAUUCUCUUCAUUUUUCUUAUGUCCCUUUUACAAAGCUUAGUGACCAAUUGUAGGCCCUUUUAUCAAAAUCAGAUCACACGUAAGCUGCUCCGUUGUUUUACUGUUUCUUACAGAUUCGCUUCUCAGUGGGUAUAAUUUCAUAGGAAAGAACUGUCUCUUUGUGUUAGGAUAUACUGAAUUGUAAUAUUAUUAAUACGUAAGAAUUUGUUAGCUCAUUUCUUUUUCAUAUUCUUCUCUCUCAUCAUCAACCACAAAAUAAAGGAUAAAUACCUUUUAGAUAAUGUGAGAAAGUAACUGUGAACAUGUCUCAUCGGAAUUGA